AUGGAUCCCUCGUCUAUUCAUGAUACAACAGAACAUCCGAAUCUAUUAGACAAAAUGCCGAAACUCGAGUACGAGGAAGAUAUUAAACCGGACACCGCACUGUUAAAUUCCUCGAUCGAUGGCGACACUCAACCCUAUCAUAACUGGAUGAUGCCAGAUAUCAAGCCAUUUAUUCCAGUUCGCAACUCCAUUUGUUCCCAAGCAACAAUAAAACCAAAAAGAACGAAGCGCGAAUUCGAUUUUUCGGAUGGGAAGUCGAAUAAUGAACUUUACCAGCAGAAAAGGUUCAAACUAAAUAACAACAACAACAAUGAUUUAGUCGGAAUUCCAUGGGCCGUUCACGAAGUCAUUGCAAAACUUGUCGCAAAUGUCGAAAAUAUCCAACCCGAAGUAUCUUUAUUUAAGCCAAUUUGGUACCGAAGCAUCUACAGUGAGACUAAAAGCGGUCGCCCAAAGAAACCAAAACGGGAUGCUUCAUGGUUGGAGUACGACGUCGCCAAUUUGAAGCGAUUUGUAAAACUUGUGGAAAAACAUCCAAUUCUCUGGGACGAAGCGCAUCCGUUGUACAAAAAUACGAAGAUGAAAGCUCCAAUUUUAGAUGAAAUCGAGAAUGCUUGUUCACGUUUUUUGGCUCGAGGACGAGUUCAUGGUUCCACUGCUCGAUAUUUGCUUGAGCAACUUAUUUCUGUUUAUCGUGACGAACGAGAGGCUGCGGACCCAAAUGAUGUCAUGACCUCGUUUCCGUUGUUCUACGAUAUGAGCUUUUAUGAUGAGCAAAACUCUCCUCCUGACUUGAAGCCUGAAGUACCGCCCUCUUUAUGCUUAUUGCCAACACCUCCACAAACGCAACCACUUGUUAGAUUAAUCAGAGAUUCACCUUCAAUGGCAACAAAACCUGAUCCGAAGCCGUUUUGUACGGAUCUUAGCGAUUUAUUCGCACUGGAAGAAGCUCUACUCAAUGCGUUGCCGCCGGUUCAACGGCUCUACGUCAAAUCCAAAAUUGUUGCGUUCGUUUACGAGCUGCAAAAGGAAGCUUCCAGUAAUAACAGCAAUACAAAUUCGAAUAAGCGUCCGGUUUUAAAUCCACGAAAGGACAAUUGA